GUUUAGAAUUAAUAGACUCAUAAUAACUGCAAUACAGCGGAACAUUGCCCAAGAGAAAAUGCAGAAUUUUGUUAAUUUAUGAAGAAAUAUUAUUUCUAUUAGCAUUGGGCGUUGUGUUCAUCUUUCUGCGUCGUCUAAUCGUCACACUACGAAAACUCUGGAAUCACAGAAAACGCUCUGUAUUAACGCCGUUGUUUCAACCCGUUAUUUGGCCGUUAGUGUCGUCGUUCGUGAACGUCAAUCUCGUAAUCGUCAUAUUUCCGACGACACUGUGACCAGGUAGCGUUUGACAGGAGGCUGUCCUUGGCUAGCCGGGCUAGCUUGAGCGAGCUAAACAACGAAAACAAACCCUCUGCAUUGACUGUGUAUGAAGUUGUUGGUCCCGUGUUUGUGUGGCCCCCUGCCCCCCUCAGGUCAGAGCUGAGGGUUGGGGUCAGGUAGUGGGCUAAUGUCAAACAGUCCUGGUGAAGAGGGGGGUCUGUCUCAGGCUGCCCCAAACGUCAACACCCAAGACCAGUUUGACAACCCCACUCAGACUGUGGUAACAGGGAACACGCCUGCAGAUCAGCUGUCGCCUGCAGUGGAUGAGGCCUCUCCCUCUUCCACCUCCUCCUUUGAGAUGCUUGACAUGGAGUCGGUCCCAGCUCCUUAUCAAGAAGUCCAGCCUCACUGGUUCUUCUGUCGACGGGCUGAUGACAACACCUCCUGGCUCCCUUUCAGCAGAGAAGACUCUGACAAACUAGAGAAUGCCUACAACACUGUAGGAGAUGAGGAGGAGGAUGAGGUUGUAGUAGCUGUGGAUGGAGAGCGAUAUGACAUACGUGUUAAGGAGAGGAAGCGUUAUGCUGUUUACUGGGAGCAAGGUCCCACUGAAGUCCGUCGCUGUACCUGGUUCUAUAAAGGAGAUAAAGACACCAGGUUCAUGCCUUACCCUGAGGACUUCAGCAAGAGUCUGGAGGAGGCCUAUAUGAUAGCAGUGACCUUGGAUGAAUGGAAAAGGAAACUGGAGUUUCCCACCGGAGAGACAGUCAUCUUACACAAUCCCAAGCUGAUAAUGCAGUAUCAGCCAAUAGGAUUACAGGAUGAGUGGGUGUCCUCCCCCUCGGAGCAGGCCCGGCCUCGAACAGUCAAGAGGGGAGUGGACAACAUCUCUGUAGAAAUACCUGAUGGUGAACCAGAAAAGGUGGACCACCUUGUCUUCAUGGUUCAUGGCAUCGGCCCUGCAUGUGACUUGCGCUUCCGAUCCAUCAUACAGUGUGUAAAUGACUUCAGGAGUGCUUCCCUGUCCCUCCUGGCCUCUCAUUAUAAGCGUGCUCAGCAGGAUGGCCAGAUAGGAAGAGUGGAGUUCCUCCCAGUCAACUGGCACAGCGCUCUACACGGGGAUGCCACUGGUGUGGACGAGGACAUCCAGAGGAUCACUUUACCCAGCAUCAGCAGGCUGAGGCAUUUCACCAACGACACUCUGCUGGACCUGUUUUUCUAUAAUAGCCCCACCUAUUGCCAGACCAUAGUGGACACAGUGGCCUCAGAGAUCAACAAGCUCCACACCCUCUUUAAACAGAGACACUCAGACUUCAAUGGGGCAGUCUCUGUAGUGGGCCAUAGCCUGGGUUCGCUGAUCCUUUUUGACCUGCUAACCAAUCAGAGGACUGGAUCAGAAGCCAGAGACGGGGUGCCGUCUGAUGAGCCAUUUCAUCUGAACUGUGACACCCUGGAGCAGACCCUGACCAGACUGGGCCUGCAGCAAUACCUGGAUACGCUACAGGCAGAAAACCUAGACCUGGAAUCACUGGCUCUUUGCCAAGACAGUGAUCUCAAAGAUUUAGGAAUUCCUCUUGGACCUCGGAAGAAGAUCUUAAACUAUGUCAGGAGGAAAUGGAUUCCAGAGGACUGUAAGGCAAGGAUAGUACGCCUGCCACCAGGUUUGCAAGUUGCACCUCAAGUGACCAACGAUCAUGAUGGUAACAAGUCUUCAGGACUGACGAUGCAGCAGUCCCAGUUCCACAGGGCACAGUCUGUCACCAGUGCUGUCGACUAUGAAUACUUUGACGUGGGCAUCGGACAGGUAUCCAUUGAUUACCCACAGCUUGCUUUCCAUCCUCAAACAUUUUUUGCCUUUGGCUCUCCUAUUGGAAUGUUCCUGACCGUCCGUGGACUUAAACACAUCGAUCCCAACUACUGCUUUCCAACCUGCAAGAGCUUUUACAACAUCUACCACCCGUAUGAUCCUGUGGCCUAUCGGAUAGAGCCCAUGAUUGUAACAGAGGUGGAUCUGGAGCCUAUGCUGAUCCCUCACCAUAAAGGCCGCAAGAGAAUGCACCUAGAACUAAAGGACAGCUUGACCCGAAUGAGCAUGGAUUUAAAGAACAACGUUUUAGGGUCCUUACGGACGGCAUGGCAGUCCUUUUCCAGAUUACCAGUUGCUGCACUGCCCCCGGUGGAUGAAGGAGAAACUACGAUAGAGAGAGACUGUCAAGAGACCCAGGCCUCAGCUGCAGUCACUGCUUCUGCUAAGAGGGAAGAGAAAAGUGCUGAUUUUUGGACUAAAAUACUGGAGUGGCCCAGGGCCCUUCAUAAGCAUUACUUCCAAGCAGCGAGUGAGGAGGCAGAGUCCUCAGUGUCCGCAGAGCAGACAGAGCAGCCUGAGAUUAAAGUGGGGAUGUUGAAUGGAGGACGAAGGAUCGACUAUGUACUUCAGGAAAAACCCAUCGAGAGCUUCAACGAGUACCUGUUUGCCAUCCAGUCUCAUCUGUGUUACUGGGAAUCUGAGGAUACAGCUCUCCUGCUGCUGAAGGAGAUCUACGACAAGCUAGGUGUGGCCUUUGACCAGCCACAGCAGUGAUAAAGUUUAACGAAUGUAGACUUGCUUUUUUAACACGACAGUACUCUGAAAGUGAGAAAAUGAAGGACAGCUGUCGGAACCAGAGGCCGCACAAUCCUCCUCCAGAAUGCCUUACCGUCUGGGUGUUACCUGACUGCCCCGCCCUCUCAGCCCUCGACAAUGGAGACUGUUUGGCGGCAGUCAGGUGAUCUUGGUUCAGAUAUGCCAGUCAUCUUUCAUCUAAGGUAGCGGUGGCUUCUUGGUGUUGCCUUGACUCACGCUGCAGGACUGGGUUUGGUGUCUGAUAGUUAUUUCAAAUCCACCCAAACAUCACUGUCAUGCUCCUGGUCGCACUUUUCUGUCUUUUCUUUGAGUCAGUCUUUACUUUGCAUUUUCACUUUACAACAGUUUUUGACAUAUCAUGCGUACAGCUGCAGCAGAAUGAUAUUGAAAGAAAGAAAUAUGAAGAUGACCCACACAGUAUGUGUUUAAAUAUGGAAACAUAAUGUAAGUAUAAUGUUUAUCACAUUGGAUUAAAUCCAAAACAUUUAAAAACUAAUACAUUUAAAUAUACCAGUAUAUAAUUAAAUAAUAGAUUAAAAUCUAUACUAUUUUAUGUAAUUCCCAGCCCCAUGUACAGCCUACGAAAAAUAAGAAAUGUAGAAAUAUAACUAACUACAGCCCUGUGAUAGUCUGGCGACCUGUCCAGAGUGUACCCCGCCUCUCACUUAAUGUCAGCUGGGAUAGACUCCAGCCACCCCACGACCCCUAACAGGAUAAGCGGAAAAUUAACGAAUGAAUGAAUAAUUAACUAUACGAGUGUUCCACAGGGCGUCUCUGUAUGACCCUUUAAACUUAAAGCUGUUAUGACCCACAAAGCUCUCCCUUAGUCUAACAUAAGACCUUACCUGGAAAAAUAAGCUGGUCUGGUUGUUUAAUUUAGUUGACUUUAAAAUGUUUAGCUUCUAAUUAGGAAAAUGAAGGUUAAUAUUUUGUCUUCUGGCAGCUAUAUUUCCUUUCUGUUAACUUUAAGGCCACUUGAAACCCAAAGCUGCUACUCUUACAUGUGUGCAAUGUAACAAUAAUGUUGAUGUCACUCCAUUUUGUUGUUUCACAGAUGUAGUCCCGCACUGACACUAUCCUUGAUAAAAAAAAAAGUUCAUCUUGCCUUCUAAUCAUAAUUUUUAUUUCACUUGCAUGUACUUUAGUUUGAAGGAUCUAAAAGAAGUGAUUCAGAUGAUUUGUUUCAGAUAUCACAUCGAGACAUGCAGGUGCUUUAAAGGAUAAGCUGAUUAUUUUUCCAUAGUGUGUGUAUGUAUGUAUUGUGUGUGUGUGUGUGUGUGUGUGUGUGUGUGUGUGUGUGUGUGUGGUGUGUGUGUGUGUGUGUGUGUUUGUUAUAAACUGUACAGAGAGGCCAGUUCCACUUUAUCAUCCCAUGGUCUGUGCCAUUCAUUCCUCUUUUACCACUUUUGAUCCGAAAUGUAUGUUUCUGUAAUUCCUAACAGCAUAAUAUUCUUUAUCCUAAAAUAUGGUUGAUUCCAGUACAGAGUGGCAUCUCACAUACACAGUCCUAACUUUUGUAUAAUGGAAGGGCCAAAUGGUAUGUUUCUCUCAUCUAUUCAUGUGUCAACGUAUUUUAAUUUUCUGUAUUGCAUGCUAUUCUUUAUUAUGUUAGAGCACAUUUUCUGAACAUUUUCUAAGCUUGACCUGAUUCUCCUGUUGAUAAUUCUCAUGGAUCCAGCAAUAAGAGAGUUGUCACAUUGAAAUCAUAUACAUUUUGAAUUAAAGAGCAUGAGACAUAGAUUAUAUAGGAAAUUAUGUUUCAAAUUACAAUCAGUUUAUUUUAUAUAAAAAUAUACAUAAUAAAUAUCAAUAUAUCAGUGUUAUAGAUAUCACAAAAUCUGCACCUUCAUAUCAUGUAACAUGGGGCCCAGUUCACAAAGCUGAGAAACUCUUGUGUUAGAGUGAUUUUACUUUACAAAUGUCACUGGGCACCACAGCCCCCGCCACCAAAGCUCUGCCCUAUAUUUCAGCACUCUGGGUGUAACAAUCGCAAAAUACAUAAAUUAAUCUAAUGGGGUUGUUUGUUUUUCUUACUUUAAAAAUGCACUGAAUACUAAAUGAUAACGUAACUGUUUUCUUGAACUUCACCUCCGUCUCUAUUUCUGUCAUUUUUACUGUCUAAACAGUAAAACAGGACUUUAAAGAAAUACUUCACCCCACAGAUGACCAUUUGUAUAUCAAUUACUCCCCCUUGCUAUGAGGAAAACUUUGUUUUUCUUGCAUGGAAACUGACUUUGAAGAGAGCAUAAAUAAGUUUCACUUUCAGUCCAGUUUUAAAUACUAAGGUUUUAACAAAAAAUGCACAGGAUUUGCAGUGGACGUGCACUGUAAGAGAGUUUGUGAACAGAUGUUUUGAUGUAGUUUUGCUGUGGUUCAUCACGGCCUCCGUGACUUCUGUUCAUCAAGACUUUUCUCUGGUUUUGGAUUCUUCAUUUAUCCGAGGUAUGCAAGAAAAACAUUUUCUUUACAAAUUCAGUGCAACACAGAGUGAGUAAUUGAUAUACAAAUGAUCAUUUGGGGAGUGAUGUAUUCCUUUAAUGCUCCCUGCCUCGUCUUCCUCACCACAACAACUGUUUUUGCACUUGACACUAAAAUGUUUAAACAUACCAAAAAAACUAAUGUUCUCCUUUCUAAAUACAUACCCUAUGACUAUGGUUACAUGUCGUGUGUGCCAUAAUAAAACAUUACAAGUGU